UAUAACAACAGUGAAGAUAUUAAAUCAUCAUAUGUAGUGAAAACAUCAUAACAAAGAUGGAUAUAGUUUGAUUUGAUAAGUGUCUUCUGCCAGUAUGAGCCAAAGUACCAGUAAAGGCACAGGUCAACACUAUGUAGAAUGUGCCAUUUGCUACAAUUAUUCAGGCUUCUACUGCAACACCUGUCACCAGCGGAUGUGUGAGCAAUGCAGAGACAACCAUCUCAAGGAAAGGGUACAUAGAAAACAUGAAGUUGUACUUUACCAGGAUAGAAUAAAAGAAUUACCUUCUGAAAAAUGCAGUGUUCACCCCACAAGGGUCUUGGAGCUCUUUUGUAGUGAUUGCCAAGUUCCUAUCUGUUCGAAAUGCUUUACAACAGAUCACAAUGGUCACCAAGUACGUGACCUUGAGCUCGUCUACAAUGAAAGUCUACAACAAAGUCAGAAAGAGUUAAUCAAGAUUCGAGAUAAUGUCUUCCCUCAAUCUGUAGAAAAUCUAAAGUGUCAGAGAGAAAGGGUGGAAGACAUCAGAAAGAAAAUAGCACAAACAAGACUAUCCAUGAAGAAAAGUGCAGAUGAAAUUAAGGUGACUUUGGAUACCAUAUUGGCUGAUAAUAAUGCUAAACUUGAUACAAUGGAGAAAUUUAUAUUGGAUGAAAUGGAAGAACAAGAAAAGAAAUCAGAAGACUACAUUUCCUAUUUACAGAAACUUAUCAAGGAUUAUGACAGAGAAAUGCUAUCAAGUAAACCAUCAGAUGUUAUCAAAUUUUGUAAAGAAAUGGCCAAUGUUCCAAUUUUAAAGAUUCCAGAAGCACACCAACCUGUUUCAAUAGAGUUUACAAAAGGUACAAUCAGAAAGGCAGAGAUAGAAAAGCAAUUUGGAAAAAUUAGUCAGAGUAAACAAAAAAUCCAAAAAAGAGAAGAAAAAGAAAGUGUACAAAUCACACUACCACCAGUCUCGACAACGGUAAGUCAGACAACGGGAAAAAUUGCCAUCAAUGUUAAAAAAGAAAAGGAGAUAAAUAUUCGUUCUCAAUUGAGUUCUCUCUGUUAUUUAUCUCCUUCACCAUUUCAAAAGUUCUGGGCAAGCGAUGACAAAGGAAACCUAAUCCAGGCUGACAUGCAGGGAAAUAUCCUCCAGAAAAUAUCCACCAAUUCAAAUAACAAUGGUUACCAUACAAUGACUUCAGAAGGGGAAUUACUAUACACAGAUACUGUUCAUAGAGCCAUCUACAGAGUCAGCAGUGCCAAGAAAACCACAACUUUUCUUACCACAGCUGACUGGGGACCCUACUCCAUCCACUCCUCUCGUCUUAAUGGAGAUAUUCUGGUAGGGAUGAUGAAAGGCAAUACAUGUAAAUUCACCAGGUACAGCAAGGAAGGAGAAAAGCUCCAGGACCUCCAGUCCUAUCAGAGGAAAAACAAAAAGCAAAAUUCACCUCAACUACAUGGGAUUGAUGAUGUUUCCUACAUAAAGUUCAUCACGGAGAACAUCAAUGGUGAUAUUUGUAUAGUAAACAACAGGAAGGUAGAGGGAAUGACCCAGUCUGGAGAGCGUCGAUUUUCUUACACCGGUCGAUCUCAAUAUGCCUUUUCACCAACUGGAAUCUGUACAGAUAUUCUGGGACACAUCCUGGUGUGCAGUUUCUCCAACGUUCAUCUGUUGAAUGCUGAUGGGCAGUUUGUUGCCCUCCUAUUUGAUCCAGAUCAGUGUCCAAGGAAUCUAUAUGCUCUCUGUACUGACGAUCAACAAGAUCUCUGGAUUGGAUCUCAGAAUAAUCUCUACAACUCUACUGUCUAUGUGUACAGAUAUCUUCAGCUAUAGGUCAAGGACAAACAUACAUAUGACAUUUAUCAUAUCCCCAAUGUAUUCAUCACGGAGAACAUCAAUGGUGAUAUUUGUAUAGUAAACAACAGGAAGGUAGAGGGAAUGACCCAGUCUGGAGAGCGUCGAUUUUCUUACACCGGUCGAUCUCAAUAUGCCUUUUCACCAACUGGAAUCUGUACAGAUAUUCUGGGACACAUCCUGGUGUGCAGUUUCUCCAACGUUCAUCUGUUGAAUGCUGAUGGGCAGUUUGUUGCCCUCCUAUUUGAUCCAGAUCAGUGUCCAAGGAAUCUAUAUGCUCUCUGUACUGACGAUCAACAAGAUCUCUGGAUUGGAUCUCAGAAUAAUCUCUACAACUCUACUGUCUAUGUGUACAGAUAUCUUCAGCUAUAGGUCAAGGACAAACAUACAUAUGACAUUUAUCAUAUCCCCAAUGUAUUCUAUAUGAUUUUAACAAGUAUUGUUAUAUAUUUAGUAUCAUAUGUAUUUAUAGGAAUGACCUUUUGAAAAUUGAAAGAAUACCAUUGCUUUUCAUACAAAAAAAAAUUGCAAGGAGCAACACAUAAAAAAUUUAUGAUGAAGAAAUGAUUUCACUUUUUUCAGAGUAACCUUACCACCUUCAAAACAUAUGAAAAAAAUCCGAUAGAUGAAAACAUUCCUAUGCACAUAUUAUAUAAUGUAUAUAAUAUUAAUGCAACAUAUCAUCUAUUUUUUUACUACUCAUUGCAAGACCAAAAUAUAAGGUAGUUCUAUGACUAUUUGUAUUGUUGGAAUGAUAGAAAUUAAAGCCCACAAAGCUUCAUAAACAAUUACUUUUUGUUUCUAAAUAUUUAUUCUAAAAAUCUUCACCU